CUCUCCUUUUAUAUGCUUCAAUUUUUUUUGUAACAUAAAAAAGAGAGUACUCAUUGUCUUCUUCAAAACCCGUCAAUAUAACUUUUCUUUAAUUUCUUGUUAUUUCUUCAAAUUUUGUGUGAAGAAAUGGUAAGGAAAAUUGUGAGGAAAGGAAGAAGGGUGUUUUCCAUAGAACCAAACAAGGUUGCAUACACAAUGUUUGCAAGAAACUAUGUCAAACAUUUGAUGACAUCUUUAGUCAAAAUUUCUCAUCAACAACAACAACAAAAUUUUCAGAAACUUGUGAGGUUUGAAGUUGACAUGGCAAUGGCUCAAUCAGCAAGUGAAUUUAGUUGGGGAAUUGCUCUGAAAAAGAAGCUUCUUCAAAGAGAUGAUCAACAAGAAGUACUUGGCAAUGGCAGUGAAAAUGGUUUUGAUUUUUCUCUUCAAACAAUGAAGAAAAUUUCUCAUAAAAAUUUAGGAAAUGAAGAAGAAGAUCAUCAUGAAGAUGAAGAAGAAGAAGAAGAAGAAGAAGAAGAAGAUCAUCAUGAAGAAGAAGAAGAAGAAAAAAAAGAAGAAGAAGAAGAGAAAGAAAUGGAAAAUGGGUUGAUGAAGCUGAGGAAGAUCAUACCAGGUGGUGAUGAUUUUAGUAUUGGAGGUAAUAAUUUGGAUGAAGAAGAUGAUUUGUUGAAACAAACUGAAAGUUAUGUAAAAUGUCUUGAGUUGCAAGUCAAUGUUCUUAGAGGUUUGGUUGAAACAAACACUUUUUUUUAAUUUUUAAAUUUGUGGGAAAUUGAAACAUUUUUUUAGCAACAUAUAUAUAUAUGAAUUUUCAUCUAUCAA